AUGUCACAGCCACAGUCCUGGCCUGAUCAACAACAGUAUUCAUCUUCUCUCAUGAAUAUGUUUCAGCCACGUGCCCAGGCCAUUGCUCGAGGUGUAGAGAUCAUUGAUGUUGAUGAAGAAAAAACAAACAAAAUUAGUCGGACAUUGAAGCGGGCUCGCAUUGAAAUCAGUCCAAAGAAUGAACAAGUCUUGUCUCAAUCAAGCAACAAGGAAGCUAAUGCUGGUGUUACUAACAAUAGUUUGGUUACUGAUGCAACAAAAAUGAUGGAAAUGGUUGGUAGGCGAAGGAGAUGGAGAUCAUUGUGUGGAAACAUAGGCUAUGGUGACAAAUCCUACACACCAAACGGAUUCAAUAAAUCCUUCGGGGGUAUCACUGUUAAUCUGGCAUCAUUUAAAGCUAAUGGUGAUUCAACAAAAAAUGGCCUGGAUUUGCUACGUGGUCCUGAUGGUCAACUUCCGCAGAAGUUGAGGAAUAUAGACCCUCGCCUUAUUGAGCAGAUUAGUAAUGAGAUAAUGGAUUGUAAUGCCAAAGUUUGUUGGGAUGAUAUUGCUGGAUUGCAUCAUGCGAAAAAAUGUGUAAAUGAGAUGGUGAUAUGGCCUUUGUUACGCCCUGAUAUUUUCAAAGGUUGUCGUUCUCCAGGAAGAGGACUUCUUUUAUUUGGCCCCCCAGGAACAGGUAAAACGAUGAUAGGUAAAGCUAUUGCUGGAGAGUCUAAAGCAACAUUUUUCUACAUAUCCGCAAGUUCAAUAACAAGCAAAUGGGUGGGAGAGGGUGAAAAGCUAGUUCGGGCUCUUUUUGGAGUUGCCAGAUGUCAUCAGCCAGCAGUAAUAUUUGUGGAUGAAAUUGAUUCUCUGUUGUCCAAGCGUGAUUCAAAUUCUGAGCAUGCGGCAAGCAGGCCAAUUAAGACGCAGUUUCUGAUUGAAAUGGAUGGAUUCAACAGUGGAAAUGAACAAAUUCUACUCAUAGGAGCAACAAAUAGACCACAAGCUUUAGAUGAAGCAGCUAGGAGGCGAUUGACCAAGGGAUUUUAUAUUCCACUCCCUUCAGCAGAAGCUAGAGCCUGGAUAGUCCGUAAUCUUUUAAACAAGGAUGGGCUUUUUAAACUCUCAACGGAGGAUAUUGAUACCAUAUGCAAAUUAACAGAUGGGUAUUCAGGAUCUGAUAUGACGAAUUUAGUGAAAGAUGCUUCCAUGGGUCCAAUAAGAGAGAUUUUGGAACAAGGGGCUGAGAUUACUAAUCUUAAAAUGGAGGAUAUGAGAUCAGUUACUCUACAGGACUUUAAGGAUGCACUACAGGAGGUGAGAACAUCUGUUUCUCAGAACGAACUAGGCAAAUAUGAAGAGUGGAACAACCAAUUUGGAAGUUUAUCAACAUCAAAAACCAUGUAG